GAGGACAUGACUCCCAUCCCGGAGGUCUCUGCCGGGGCUCAGUGUAUCCGAGUGGACCCCAGAGUGUCAGCUGAUCACAGUCAGAGCUGCACCUCCUACAGCCAGAACAACCAUCUCACCUACGGAUCCCUCUACCCUCCAGAGCUGGCAUCUUCUCCAGAGUCCAGAUAUGACGCUUCGCUCAUCACCAACAUGGUCCCCAUGUACCCUGCAUUCAAGAGAAUGUGGAGUUACCUGCAGGGCACGCUGCUGAGGCGCUACGCAGAGGAAAACAACGGCAUCAACGUUCUAGCUGGACCCAUAUUUGAUAAUGAUUACGACGGCCUGCGAGACACCACGGAGAAGAUCAGAGAGGUCUCGGCCGAGGCCCUGCCCGUCCCCACCCACUUCUACACGGUGGUGACCAGCUGCCAGGAGCUAAACCAGACGGUGGAGGAGUGUGACGGAGAUCUGAGGGCCUUCUCCUUCCUGCUGCCCCAUCGACAGGAUAACACAGAGGCAUGCAAUGUGAGUAAAACCCAACAGGGGGCAGCGCUGUCCCACUGCAGCUGCAUCAAGUCAGUUCACAUCAGUCAGAGAUCAAAAACACA